CAUCGAACUCGAAUACACAAAGCAAAGCAAACAUUCGCCCUACUUUGAAUACCACCAUCACCGCCACCGAACCAUCAAAAUGCCUUCUCUUAGCAAGACACUCGCUCUUCUCCUUGCGGCUACCUUCGCCGUUGCUUCCCCCGCCCCGGACUUCGACUCCAGCGGUUUCGAGUACGGUGCUCACUGCGAGGCCUCCGGUGGUAGUCCUAAGACUAAGGACGUGACCGAUGCGAUCAACAAGUUGAGGGGGGACGGAGGCAAUUGCAGAAUCGGCAACGGCGGGAAAAGCCACUGUUCCACAUAUAAGUCGUCCGGCACGGCCUCUAUCAGCAUCUGCGGCGAAUUAGAUGAUGGGGUGGCGUGCAAGAAGGCGGCAGAGUAUGCCAACGACGUGCAGCAGUUAUGCGUGCAGCAGGGCCACACGGAUCUGGUUGGGGGCACGUUCUGGGUAAACAAGAACGUCAAGGUUAUUGUUGCGCACUCGUAAUACCUUUGUAUACAUACUUUGGAUAUAUCACGGGAGAAAGUCUUUGUGGAGGCAGGGUCGGAAAUUAUAGAGUGUUAUCUGGAAGGCGCUAUAGGAUCUUUGACUCUGACACAGCCUACUUCAACAAUCUUCUACAAUCCAAGCCACUUAUCAGGACCA